GACGGGUUUGCACCGGGAGCUGGGGAGCUAGCUUGUGGCAGUGUGUGGAGGGACUGGGGUUGGCUCCUUUUCCUUUUCUUUCCCGAGUCCCAGGGACUCCCUGUCUUUUGGUCCCCCAGAGCUCCCAGCCUACUGCUCGGCCCAUGCUCCGGGGAGGGCAGUCCUGACCAUCUCUGCUUCCCUUCUUACCAGCCCCAGUCACCCGUCGAGCUGCCAGGAAAGAGUGGCUGCUCGUGGAAGGGUAGUGUGGGGACUUGGGUGAAGUGGAGGCGGCACCCAGACCUGGAUGAUCUGGGGAGAGGAAGAGAACCUGAGGACAGUGUAACUUUUCAGUCCCCAGACUCGAAACCCCGGUAGGGCAGAGAAGGGCGACCCUUAAGGAAGGGUUUAAAGAAAAGGGGGGGAAAAAAGGAAAGGAUGAAGGCCGAGGGAGCCGAGGAAAGAGAAAGAUAGGAGCACGCGGAACUCUGGAUGCCUCGUUGUUUCCAGUUUCGGGCGGGUCUCUGCUGUUUGGUCGGGGUCCUGGGCAGAGCCAUGGAAGGAUCUCUCGGGGAGACAUUGGUAGCGGCGACCGGCGGCAGCAGCGUGGGACCGAGGGGCCCCGAGGUUCCUGCCCCGCAGAAAAGCGGAGCAGACAGCUGUACCAAAGGGCAGGGGAGAGACUCUGGCAGAGAAAGCAAAGCGGCCGCCCAGAUGCAGCCCUUGGCAUAUAAUGCAGGAUAUUCGCAGCAACAGCAGCAGCAGCAGCAGCAUCCUGAGGUCUGCCCCCACUCUUUUUGGUUCGAUUGCCCUCCCUUUCUCCCUUCUUUCCCCUCCCCCAUCCAUUCUCCCCCCCCCCUUUCCUCCCUCCUUCGCUCUCUAUGUGGUUCUCACUCCCUCCCUUCCCUCUCCCCAUUCUGUGUUCCUCUCCCUCGCCCACACUCUCUCAUAUGCAGGCUCACACAUUCUCUCUCUCUCUCUCUCUCUCUCUCUCUCUCUCUCUCUCUCUCUCUCUCUCUCUCUCUCUCUCUCUCUCUCUCUCUCUCUCUCUCCUCUUCUGUCCCUCUGUCUUCCUCUCUCCCUCUCUCUUUCUCUUUCACUUUUGCAUGUCCUGCAACCUUUUAAAAUGUUGCCCCUUCCCUGUGAUUCGUCAGACGCCACGGCAUGUCCCCCUCUCGCUUGCUCUCUCUUUUUGUCUCUAGCUCUCCCUCUCCCCAUCUCUGAUUAGAUACACUGAUUCUUCAUUCAAUGGACGUCAUUUAGAACAGACUCUGCCUUGAGUUGCCUCUUCGCUUCACGCUCGAUUUCCAGCCAUUCUUCCCUUAUUAAGUAUUCGUGUAAUAUUAAUAGUCAUGAAUAUCUGCUAUUAGGAGUCUCAAGGAAAGCAGUCGAUCUCUGUUAUUAGAAGCUCAAGUGAAGCAGCCGCUAAGUGAAAGAAGGAGAAAAGAGGGAGAGAAAAGGAUUAAGAAACAAGCACAUACACACUUUUUUUUUUUAAAAAAAAGAACUUUGAAUUAUACUAUUACUACAGGAUAGAGAUCGAGUUUUCAACGUCCAGUGAAGGACACCAGCACGAAUUGGUUCAAGUUCUGAUGGAUUAUAGUCGUGCUUUUCUUGUUCUCCAGAGUCUCCGGCGUUGUGACUUUGUAGUCAUAGUAUAGAACUGGGGCUCCUUCGCUUCUCUUUUGUGUUGGGUGUGUGUGUGUAUGUGCAUUCGGUCACUUUUCUCUUGAUUUUUUUUUCUGCCCUGACUCGUUAACCCAGACUUCGCAGAUGUUAGUACACAGUUUUUCAGCGAUGGACCGUCACGAUGGCACCAGCAAUGGGACUGCCCGGUUACCCCAGCUGGGUACAGUCGGUCAGUCACCUUACACGAGUGCCCCACCACUCUCCCACACGCCCAACGCAGAUUUUCAGCCUCCUUACUUCCCCCCUCCUUACCAGCCUAUCUACCCUCAGUCUCAAGAUCCUUAUUCCCACGUUAAUGAUCCUUAUAGCCUGAACCCCCUUCACGCCCAACCUCAGCCACAACACCCAGGCUGGCCGGGACAGAGACAAAGCCAGGAAGCUGGGCUGUUACAUACACACCGGGGGUUACCCCAUCAGUUAUCGGGCUUGGACCCUCGAAGGGAUUAUCGGCGACAUGAGGAUCUACUGCACGGACCCCAUGGGCUCAGCUCAGGACUAGGAGACAUUCCGAUUCAUUCAAUACCUCAUGCAAUAGAAGAUGUACCGCAUGUAGAAGACCCCGGUAUUAACAUCCCAGAUCAAACUGUAAUUAAGAAAGGCCCCGUGUCCCUGUCCAAAUCCAACAGCAACGCCGUCUCCGCCAUCCCCAUUAACAAGGACAACCUCUUCGGUGGCGUCGUGAACCCCAAUGAGGUCUUCUGUUCAGUUCCGGGUCGCCUCUCACUCCUCAGCUCCACCUCGAAGUACAAGGUCACGGUGGCGGAAGUGCAGCGGCGCCUUUCGCCUCCCGAGUGUCUCAACGCGUCGUUGUUGGGCGGAGUGCUCCGGAGGGCGAAGUCAAAAAAUGGAGGAAGAUCUUUAAGAGAAAAAUUGGACAAAAUAGGAUUAAACCUUCCUGCAGGAAGACGUAAGGCAGCCAAUGUCACCUUGCUCACAUCUCUAGUGGAGGGAGAAGCAGUGCACCUAGCCAGGGAUUUUGGGUACGUGUGUGAAACUGAAUUCCCUGCCAAAGCAGUAGCUGAAUUUCUCAACCGACAACAUUCCGAUCCCAAUGAGCAAGUGACAAGAAAAAACAUGCUUCUAGCUACAAAACAGAUCUGUAAAGAGUUCACCGACCUGCUGGCUCAGGACCGAUCUCCCCUGGGGAACUCAAGGCCCAAUCCUAUCUUAGAGCCAGGCAUUCAGAGCUGCCUGACCCACUUCAACCUCAUCUCUCAUGGCUUCGGCAGCCCGGCAGUGUGCGCUGCAGUCACUGCCCUGCAGAACUAUCUCACCGAGGCACUCAAGGCCAUGGACAAAAUGUACCUCAGCAACAAUCCCAACAGCCACACAGACAACAGCGCCAAAAGUGGUGACAAAGAGGAGAAACACCGAAAGUGAGGAUUUCCUUCCUUCCCUCUCCUCAGCUCCACCCUGCUUCAUCUUUUCACCUAUUCCCAUUUCCUUUCUCUUCUGCACCCAUCCUCUCCUUCAUCACCCACCACCACCACCACCACCACCUGGCGGGCUACAGCUCUGGAAUCAGCGAUCAACUGCUGCCCACUCUGUUCUCUGAGUCUGCAGGAAUGCUCUCCUCUUCUGUCUACCAGCCCUGACUCAUAGUCCCUCUCUGCCUCCUCCCCCUUCAUCAUCAACACUCCCUCGACCCCGUUUGGAGCCUAAGAGAACAGAACAGGCUGUGGAGCCAGCAAAGAAAAGUUCUGUCUGAGUUUGUGAACUUUUUUUUAAGUAAACCAACAGAAAAAAAUAAAUAAAAAGAAAGAACUUUUUUUCUAAAAAAAAAGAACAGUUAAAAAAAUAAAAAAAAAUUCUAUGAGCUUCAUGGGACUGAAUCACCACCUCCCCUUACAUUACUUCAGUUAAGAUUGUAGCCAUAUUAAAAAAAAGGCAAAAAGGAUAAUGACAUUUUUAUCAGUAUUGUGAAUAAACUUGAACACAAAAUCCAUGCAGUUCCAUGUCAUGUCUUCAGUUAUAGAACUUCUUCCUCUCCAAGGUAAAGCGACCAACUUGAACAUUUUAUGACAACACAAUUUGCAGUUAUUCUAUAAGGGAAUCAGUGUUCAUGUCUGUAUAUAUUUAUUUAUGUGUAAUUUAAUGGGAAUUGUAAAUAUGGUGAGUCUGUUUUAAACCUUUUUUAUUUAUCUGGUGAUUUCGUUUACCUCUUGUUUAGUGGGGUUUAAAUCUUCCCUCUUAGUUCUUCAUGUGGCUCAUGGUACUUAUUUAGAAAUCCAAGGUUUGGGGGAUUAUUUUUUUCUCUGGGAUUCAUGAUUUUUGACCUGUUGUAGCAUGUUAAGGCGACAAUGAAGCAGCUGAACAAGUUUUUUUUUAAAGAGAGAAAUAAAAUGGAUUUAAAAAAUAUAAUUAGUAUUAUAUUUACAUUCAUUGAAGUCUAAGAAAAAGUGAUAUUGGAUCCUGGAAAGAUUUUUAAACAUAAGCAGUUUUACAAACAUGUAUCAUGGAGAUGGAAUGGGGGGAUUGGAUUUAGGGAAAAAAAAAGUUUUAUUUUUCUCCACUGUCUUCCCUUAAAAGCAUCAUCAGAGCAAUAAAGGAAUAUUGUCUUUAGUCCAAGGUUAGGGAUUCCCACCCACCCCCCUGUUUUUUGUUCAAAGAACUUCAAACAUUUGGGACCACCUGGUAUCCUGUAUUUCCACUGGCCAUAUUGGAAGCAGUUCUAGUUGUAUUGUAUUGAGUUGUGCUGGCAGUAGUUUCCAUGCCUGUCAAUGUAUCAUAGUCCUUUGUUGCCCAGAUAAAUAAAUAUUUGAUACGCUUUA